AUGAAGGUGUGUUCAAGCCGCUCUUCCCGUUGUGCCCCAUCCACAGAUCCUUGUUCUCUGUCAAUCCCCUUCCCUGCCUCCCUCCGUUUAGUGCCUCUUCUGUCCCCUACCCCAUCGCUCCCACCCCUCUUGCCUCUCUCCGCUUGUCUCUCCCCCGUGGUCCUUCACCCCACCCACCCUAAUACCUCCCUUGGCCCUCCUUUCCUCUGUUUCCCUAUCCCACUCCCCGGGGCACAGUUCUUGCGCGCCCUGGCUGCAGCUGUAGAGGACGUGGGGGGGAGCACGCGAGCGGCAGUGGGGCAGAUCCGCGCACAGGGGGACAGAUGCGCGCGAGGGGUGGGGGAGAAGGGGAAGGCGGAGGAGAUUCCGUGUGAGGAACUGGUUGGGUGUGGUGAAUCAGGUGUGGGGAACGGUGUGGAGGCUGGGGUAGGAAAGCCGCCAAAUAAGAGGUUUUGCGAGGCAGAGGAGAGUGCGAUGGGGGAGAGGAAGAAGCAGAAACAAGUGGAGGGGAAAUGGAGUGAGGCAGGGAUGAGUGGGCGAGAGGAGGAGGUGAAGGGGGCGGUGGUGGAGGUGGAGGGGGCAGUAGAGGAGCUUCAGGAGUGUGUGGAGGAGCGGGUGGGGGAGAUUCUCAAGGGGGUGCCGCGGAUUGGGGACAAGCUGGAAGGGAGGGUGCAUGACGAGGCGGGGUGGACGUGGAGGAAGGCCGUGGUGUACCAACUUUCCCAACCCGGCAUGGCAGAGGUGUUAUCCUCGUUUCUCCCUGACCUCCGUGUGCGCGGGGCGGUGUGUGCAGAUGCUGGAGGCCAUCACAGCGCAUGGGGACGCCAUGAAGGCCAAGUUGAGCAGAGGAGGCAAGCGGGUCACGCAGAGCAUGGGGCUGUGGAGGUCAAGAGGGAAGAGGGGCAGGGGGGAGUGGUGGUGAAAGAGGAAGAGGAGAAGGGGGUAGUGGUGGUGAAAGGGGAAGAGGAGCAGAGAGGAGUGGUGGUGAAGAGAGAAGAGGGGCAGGGGGGAGUGGUGGUGAAGGAAGAAGUGGAAGUUUCUGUCGACGAUGGGAUGAAGAAGGACACGACGGAGGGCACGUAG